UUCCCGUACUUUUUUUAAGUUUCGUGGAGUUUUGAUGAAAUAGGAGAGACAGCAGCAAUGAACGUGAAUGCCGUUGAUGCAAUUAAUUAUUUCUCAGAAAAGCAACUUCAGUCAGAAAUUGAGAAGGAACAAGUGAGGAGAAAUUCUAUAAAAAGAUCUGAUAGUCAAAAUGAUCAACAACGAAACACUAUUCUUAUGGUUCCUUCUACUGAUUCAAAACCAAGCCUUGCUCGGUUAGGAGAAACACAUUGCAGCAACUGCCAUCCAGAGAGAGAAACGGCUUACGCGUUUCGUUUACCUCCAAUUGAUAAAUCGACAUCGAUCCUUUUUAGUAACAUCACAUUACGACUUAAGACAGUCACAUUAAAUCCUUUUCCAUCGCAGACAGACGCAAGUAUUUAUGAAUGUUUUCAACAUCAUCCCUUGCUCACUCUCCGAUCAGCACAAAAAUAUUUCUUUCCAUCAAAAUCAUAUGUCAAAUAAAAGAAAUUUUCUAAUUUAUUUGUUUAUGUUUUUUGCUAAUGUACAUGUAAUAAUAAAAAACUUCCGCCUGUAUUGUCUACUGAAGCAGCAACUCGAUAAAUCACUGAAGCGCAGCAUUGAAACCGAUGAAUUAAGCUUAGCAUGAAACAAAACUAUCGAUUAUAUAAAUAUAUUUAUAGCAAUGCUUGUUUUAGGUUUUUAUUAUAUCAUUAAACCUGUGAUUCUCUUGGA